AUGCAUCCACUCUGGAGGCUCCUGGUCCUCCUCAGCUUGCUGGCCUUGCCCUUGGCCCUGCACGAGCAGCCCUGGCCCGGCCCGGCCAACGCCCAGACGGACAGCAAAUCUACCCUGGCGAGAAUUAUUGCCCAGGGCCUCAUGAAGCACAACGCAGAGGGCCGAAUCCAGAACAUCCGCCUCCUAGACAGUCUGAAUGCCUCGGGCCAGAUGGCCCCAGGGGUGGUGGGCUGGUUGAUUGGCAGCAUGGGCCUCCAGCAGCACCAGGAAGGCAGACGGGCUGGCCUUGUGUGUCAACCCGAGGCCUUGACGUGUGAGGUCCCUCACUCUCGCGGGGUCUCUGCUCUUUCCUUGUGCAGCGCCAACGUCACCAAUGUUCAGCUGGACUAUGGCGAGAUCCGGAUGUCUUUCCGUAAGGAGUGGUUCUCCGCAAACAUCUCCGUUGAAUUCGAGGCUGACCUGAGACUGCCCCUCAAUAACAAGAUCAUAACGGCGCAUGCGCGCGUGCACCUCGCUGUGGAGUUCUGGCUGGAGAAAGACGAGUUCGGCCGGAGGGAUCUGGUGAUAGGCAAUUGCCGCGUGCAGCCCGGCAGCGUCCGCACCACAAUCCUGACUGAAGAUAGCCCACCAAAGAUGAAACAUUUUCUCCGCAACCUCAGAGAGAACUUGGAAAAGGUUAUCCCACACCUGGUAGAAAGUCAGGUGUGUCCUCUGAUUGGUGAAGUCCUCAGGCAGCUGGAUGUGAAACUGCUGAAAAGCCUCAUGGAACAGGCUGCUUCUCAUGAACCCAACCAACUGUGA